CGUAGCAAGGCUAGAUAAAACGUAAACACAGGAUAUGCUUCAACCUCACGACAUGCCGAAGCCAUUUGUUUAUUUCUCGAGACGAAGCCGACAUGAUCAAUGAAUGUUGCUGCAAUCUAUUACAACGCUAGAAAGGUAUUGUGCUGACGGCAAUGAGUGAACAGGCAAGGGGUGUCUACGUCUGAACGAACUUGCACCGAUCCAAACACUGGGUACAAUUGCUGGGGUAAUCUGGAGUGGCAAUGGCGACGACGUGUCAAGCGGAGGAACGACCGCACGAAUUAGUGUUUUUUGUCAACGGCAGAAAGGUGACAGAGCAGAAUGCUGACCCAGAAGAGACAUUGUUGCACUAUCUGAGGAAGAAAUUACACCUGACAGGUAGCAAGUAUGGGUGUGGUGAGGGUGGAUGCGGUGCCUGUACCAUCAUGUUGUCUCGCUACAACGUCGCUGCAGACAGCAUCCACCACUAUGCUGUGAAUGCUUGUCUGACCCCUGUGUGUUCUGUCCACGGCCUGGCUGUCACCACGGUGGAGGGGGUGGGGAGCACCACAAGGGGACUGCACCCUAUACAGGAGCGGCUUGUGAAGAACCAUGGCACACAGUGUGGCUUCUGUACUCCAGGGAUGGUGAUGUCGAUGUACACACUGCUGAGGAAUACCCCCAAGCCACCGCUGGGGGACAUUGAACGUGUAUUUGAUGGGAACCUAUGCAGGUGCACUGGCUACAGGCCCAUCUUGGAUGGUAUGAAGACUUUCUCAAAGGAGUAUUGCCAGAGGGGAGACAACUGCUGUAGGAACCAAUUGAACACUGAAGAGGCAUCAAAUCAAGAUGUUUAUGAGAAUGACACAUCCCCCAGUAGUGAGUUUACUCCCUACGACUCCACACAGGAGCCCAUCUUCCCUCCAGAGCUGCAGACACAGCAUGACCGGUACCAUGGCCAGUAUAUGGUGUUCAGGUCAGCCACAGUGACAUGGUAUCGGCCAGUCGACUUGUCCACCCUCCUUGACCUCAAGGCUACCCACCCCCAAGCCAGGCUAAUUGUGGGCAACACAGAAGUGGGUGUGGAAAUGAAGUGUAAGCAUAUGCACUACCAACAAUUCAUUGCUGUGGGACAUGUGACAGAGCUGACGGACGUUGAGCGUCGUGAGUCUGGACUGAAGAUAGGGGCCUCCGUCACGCUGUCACACCUGACUCACACACUUACACAGGAAAUACAGGCUCUGCCAGAGUGGAAGACCCGCGUGUAUGCGGCCAUUGUUGAGAUGUUGCAGUGGUUCGGUGGUCACCAGAUCAGGAAUGCUGCCGCUGUGGGGGGAAAUAUCACAACAGCCAGCCCUAUCUCCGACCUCAACCCUCUCUUCUUGGCAGCAGGAGUGGUUCUGGAAGUGGCAUCACGAGAUGGGGGAUGGAGAAAGAUCACCAUGGAUUCCAGAUUCUUCAAAGGCUACCGUAAAACAGAGAUGAAGCCGGAUGAAGUCCUUGUUUCGCUAACCAUUCCACAUACUAAAAAGGAAGAAUUUUUUGCUGGUUUUAAACAAGCCAACAGAAAGGAUGAUGACAUUUCCAUAGUCAACUCAGGGAUGAGGGUGUUGCUGGAUACGGACUCUGAUGUCAUCAAGGAAAUAUCCCUGGCAUUUGGGGGAAUGGCACCAAUCACAGUCAUGGCCACAAAAACCAUGCAACAACUUGUUGGAAAGUCUUGGGAUGAGAAUCUGGUUGGGGCGGCUAUUCCCUACCUGUCCAGUGACCUCCCUUUGCCAGCUGGCUCACCAGGGGGCAACGUGGAGUAUCGCAGUACACUGACAGUCAGCUUCUUCUUCAAGUUCUAUCUUGCAGUGAAGACACAGCUAGGGAAACAGGGCCCUGGUGCUCCAGUUCCUCAGUCUUAUCUGAGUGCAGUCUCCGAGUUUGAGAGACUGCCUCGCCAGUCAUGUCAGCUGUAUGACAAUGUUGCUUCUGGCCAACCAUCAACGGAUGCUGUGGGACGUCCCCUCGUCCACCGCGCAGCCUACCAGCAGGCCACAGGAGAGGCCCUGUAUGUGGACGACAUGCCACCACUGGCAGAUGAACUGGUCCUGGCCCUGGUCACCAGCACAAGAGCCCAUGCUAGGAUAGUGAGCAUUGAUGCAAGUGAAGCACUGACACUGCCGGGAGUGGUGGACUUCAUCUGCCAGAAGGACGUCCCAGGCCUGAACAAGCUGCAGCUAGGGCAGGAGGAGAUAUUUGCUUCUUCAGAGGUGAGCUGUCAGGGCCAGGUGAUUGGUGCAGUGGUUGGUGACUGUCAGAUAAACGCCCAGAGAGGGGCGAGGGCUGUGAAGGUCGUGUACGAGGAUCUGGACGCCAUCAUCACAAUAGAGGAAGCUGUUGCCAAGAACUCUUUCUACUCCCCCUCCCACACCAUCAAACACGGUGACCUGGAGACGGGGUUCUCCAAGUCCGACCAUGUGCUGGAGGGUGAGGUGCGGAGUGGAGCACAGGAGCACUUCUACAUCGAGACGCACGGCGCCCUGGCUAUCCCGAAGGAGGAUGGGGAGAUGGAGGUGUUUGCAGCCACUCAGAACCCAUCUGAGGUGCAGUCUGUGAUCUCCGAGGUGCUAGGUGUUCCAGCUAACAGGAUCACAGUCAGGACCAAGCGACUGGGUGGAGGGUUCGGAGGCAAGGAGACACGGACUGUCCUGGUGUCGGCCCCUGUAGCUGUGGCUGCAGUCAAACACAGGCAUCCUGUGCGGUGUGUCCUGGACAGAGAUGAGGACAUGAGGACCACGGGGACUCGACACCCCUUCAAGGGAAAAUACAAGAUUGGCUUCACUGCCGAUGGUCGUGUGAUGGCCUUGGAGUUGCAUCUAUAUUCAAACUGUGGCAACUCUAUCGAUGUGUCAGAGGCAGUGAUGGACCGCGCUCUCUUCCAUGUCGACAACUCCUACUACAUUCCCCACAUCCGCGCCACCGGCCACCUGUGUAAGACCAACAUCCCAUCAUGCACUGCAUAUCGGGGGUUCGGAGCACCGCAGGCGAUGUUUGUUGCUGAGACCUGGAUCACGGACGUGGCAGACUACCUCAACCUCUCACCUCAAGUUGUAAGGGAGAAAAAUCUGUUCAAGGAAGGGGAUGUAACUCCGUUCAAUCUGCCGCUGACAAAGUGCAACAUUAGAAGAUGCUGGGAGGAAUGUAUCAAGCAGAGUCAGUAUGACAGGCGUCGCAAGGAGGUGGACCUCCAUAACAGUGAAAACCGAUGGAAGAAGAAGGGUCUCGCUGUCACUCCGGUCACAUUUGGCAUCGGCUUUGGUGUCUGGGAACUCAAUCAGGGCGGGGCGCUGGUCCAUGUGUACAAGGAUGGCUCCGUACUUGUUGCUCAUGGGGGAAUAGAGAUGGGACAGGGCCUGCACACAAAGAUGAUACAGGUUACCAGUAGAGCCUUGAGAAUCCCUACAUCGAAGAUUCACAUCACGGAGACCAGCACUGUGACCGUGCCCAACACCUCCCCCUCUGCAGCAAGCACCUGCUCCGAUCUGAACGGCAUGGCCAUUGUGAAUGCAUGUAAAGAGUUGAUAGAUCGACUUGACCCCGUGAUGACAGAAAACCCCAAGGGAUCAUGGGAGGACUGGAUCAAGGCGGCCUACAUGAAGCGAAUCAGCCUCUCAGCUACAGGCUUCUACAGAACCCCUGAUCUGUGGUUUGACUGGGGGAAGAGCGUGGGCAACCCGUUUGGAUACUACACGUUCGGGGUGGCGUGUUCCGAGGUGGAGGUGGACUGUCUGACAGGGGACCACCAGGUGUUGCGAACAGACAUUGUCAUGGAUGUUGGGAGCAGCCUGAACCCUGCCAUUGACAUAGGGCAGAUUGAAGGGGCUUUUGUCCAGGGUUACGGGAUGCUGGUGCUGGAGCAGUACAAGGUGUCCCCCAAGGGCCAGCUCAUCACCCAGGGGCCUGGCAACUACAAGAUACCCUCCCUCGGGAACAUUCCGGAACAGUUCAACGUGUCCCUGCUACGAGGCAGCCUCAACCAGCGAGCAGUCUACUCCUCCAAGGCUAUUGGUGAACCACCUCUGUUCCUUGCAUCCUCGGUGUUCUUUGCGAUCAAAGAUGCCAUCAAGUCUGCCAGAGGGGAUGCUGGGAGGAGUAUAUCCUUCCGACUGGAUAGUCCAGCCUCCGCUGCCAGGAUACGGAUGGCGUGUCAGGAUGAAUUUACACAACAUUAUCCCAAGGCCCAGGAUGGCAGUUAUACGCCCUGGUUUGUAGACCUGUAGGGGUCGAUCUAGAAGACAGCAGUGAAGCUCCAUAAGCACGUUUGACGAGGUCAUUGACCGUGACGAAGUUGAAAAACCUUUUUAAGCACAUGUGUGUUGAUCUAUAAGUUUGUGAAGAAUCUCCACAAGCACUUAUAUGUGACAACUUUGAGGCAUUGCAAGCAUGUUUGUCUGUCAGUGUGGGAAGAAUCUCCACAAGCACUUAUAUGUGACAACUUUGAGGCAUUGCAAGCAUGUCUGUCUGUCAGUGUGGGAAGAAUCUCCACAAGCACUUAUAUGUGACAACUUUGAGGCAUUGCAAGCAUGUCUGUCUGUCAGUGUGGGAAGAAUCUCCACAAGCACUUAUAUGUGACAACUUUGAGGCAUUGCAAGCAUGUCUGUCUGUCAGUGUGGGAAGAAUCUCCACAAGCACUUAUAUGUGACAACUUUGAGGCAUUGCAAGCAUGUUUGUCUGUCAGUGUGAGAAGAAUCUUCACAAGCACUGUAAAAGACAGUUGUACAACUCCUUAUGCACAUUUGACUUGCAUUUGUUUUAGUCUGGUGAAGACAGUUGUGAAUUUCCAUCAUUAUACAGAGAUUUCUUCUAUUUGAGUUACAACAGUCAUUGUUAUAGGAUCACUUUGUUGUCUAUAAAUCCCGGGAAAAAACACUCUGAAUCUCAAGAAGAACAUUGAACCUGAAAAGCCAACCUUCCAAUCUCAUUUGUCUACAUUUCCUGUUUUGGGUAGAACUAUUUUUAUACCCCUGACCUAACCUAGUUAUAGCAAGAAAUUCUGUCCAUCUGUCUGUCCUUUCUAGGACAGGGGCGGUCGGGUAGCCUAGUGGUUAAAGCGUUGGCUCGUCACCCCGAAGACUCGGGUUCGAUUCCCGACAUGGGUACGAUGUGUGAAGCCCAUUUCUGGUGUCCCCCGCCGUGAUAUUGCUGGACUAUUGCUAAAAGCGGCGUAAAACCAUACUCACUCACUCACCCUUUCUAGGACAUCUUUGUGUGUGACCUUUUACCUGAAAACUACUCCAUAGAUUCUUUUCAAGCUUGGUUCACACUUUUAUACUAUAGGCGAGAUACAGUGCGAAGUUUGAUUUACAUACGAUUUUUUGAAAAAAUACAGCUUUUUUCCUUUUUUUUUACUUGGAAUUUGUUUACUGAAACAUUUGUGCAACCUAUAAUAAAAAAAAAAAUACUUCAUGGAUUCCUUACAAAUUUAGGGAUCAGUUUCCAUACUAAUAGAAGAGUGCAGUGCAAAGUU